AUGUUGGUUUAUGGUUCGGAAGCAGUAAUACCUGCUAAGGUAGAAAUACCAUCUUUAAGGAUUAUCCAGGAUGUUGGUCUCGACGAUGCAGAAUGGAUACGUAGCAGACAUGAACAAUUAAUGCCCAUCGAUGAAAAGAUGAUGGAUGCAGUUUGUCACGGUCAACUCUAUCAGAGUAGAAUGACCAAAGCAUUCAACAAGAAAGUCAAACCUCGAUGGUUCACACCAGGGCAGUUAGUAUUGAAGAAGAUCUUUCCUCACCAAGGAGAAGCCACAGGGAAAUUUGCACCAAAUUGGCAAGGACCCUACAUGGUUCAUAGAGUACUCUCUGAAGGAGCGGUAAUCUUAGAAAAAAUGGAUGGUAGAGUAAGCACAAAGCCAAUCAAUUCAGAUGCCAUUAAGAAAUACUACAUCUGA